CAACUUAUGAGUCCAGGACGUGAGAGCACUGUCGUAGUUGCGGCCUUAGUUCUACGUCGGUGCUAGGUCGGUUGCACCGUCGCUGGUCCGUAGUAGCUGACUUAAACCUUGGACUUCGCGAAGAAAUAAAAGACUUCUACAACCUACAAACACAAGAUCAAACAAUGGGGAUGCAUAAAUGGGCAGACAGCAAGGAGAUCAAUUAGCUUCAAAUUCACCCCGUUGUGUACAUACAUACCGAUAUUACCAGUCCACCCAACACAAGAUGUUGACACAUAUCGUAGCUCUUUUAUCCUUGACAAUCCUCGUCAUAGCCGGCGACUCGCAAUGUGACACUGGAACGAUUAUGUGCUGUGACCUGAAACCCACGUCAUCCGAGGCAACAGAAUAUUUCGCACAGGGGGGAAUCGUCCAGCGUCGGGCAAAUAACGAGUGCUCGGGGGUUAGCGUUGUGGGCACCUCCCAAGGCUGCAGUGCGAAUCAGGAACCCUUGUGUUGCGAAGAAGUCGAUACUAUAGAUUGGGGCUUGACCAUAGAAUUAUUGGAUGUCAUACAGACCCCGAGCUCGAUCGCUCACCAAGCAACGCGUGAAGAUAAACAAACACCUCGACGAAGCAACGAAUCUAUCGUGGCACCGAUCCAAUGUGGAUGUUGA